AUGGGGAUCAAGUGUGAUCAGUGGGACGGGAUCACAGAUGUCUUCCCGGAUAUCCGUCUUAUAACAAGAAGGGAGACGAUAAAUAAAGGUAUUGGAGUUAGUCCCCCUCAUCGAUACUCAGGAGGAGAUUUGAACAUCCCUGGCGAUGACAGAUUGCGAAGUCGUGAAUCCAGAAUGGGAAACACUGAGAAAUCUUCAGAGGACAACAUUGUGGAUCCAUUAUCUGGUACUGCUGAUAAUGAAAAACCUCGGCCUGAAGAAGUGUUCAAAUGUGUUUCCUGCAAGAAGCCACCAUCUGGGGAUGAUACCCCAAAACUACUGAAUUGCUUGCACACUUUGUGCUCUGUAUGCAUCCCGAAGCAGGUGACUCUUGGCAGAGGUGAAGAUGUAGAAAUACUUGUUCAACAUGUGAUGUGCCCUGAGUGCAAGAUCACCACGGCUACUGAUGACCUUCAGAGGAAUCGUGUUUGUGAAGAGCUGCUGCGGUUGAAACAGGAUGCAUCAGGAUCUGGAGAGAAAUCUGAAGAAGGCCAAACAUCCUCAAAGCUGUGCACAUCUUGUGAAGAUGGGAUCCUUGCUUCUGGUUUCUGCACAGAAUGUAAUGAAUGGCUUUGCUCUGCUUGUAGAGAUGCUCAUAAACGAGUGAAGAUGACAAAGGAUCACACAUUGAAAUCCAUAGAUGAGGUGGACAGCACAGAAAAAAUCCCUAAUAAUAAGCAAUAUUUCUGCCCUCAGCACAAAGGAGAACAACUUAUCCUGUUCUGUUUGGCGUGUGAUCUUCUGACUUGCCGUGAUUGUCAGCUCACAGAACAUGCCAAUCACAAGUAUAAAUUUGCUUCAGAGAUUGGUUCAUCCAUAAAAGAUGAUCUGAAGUCUAUGGUCUCUGAAGUCAAGAAGAGAAAAAGUGGCCUGGAGAAGCUUCAGCGGAGAUUAAAGGCAAGGAAAGAGGAGGUGGAGAUGAGAGCAGAUGCUGUGAAGUUGGAGGUGAAGGAUUAUUGUGUGGAACUAACAGAAAUGAUCAAAAAGCGGGGCCUGACACUUUUAAGGACAUUGUCAGAGCUGGCCAAUGAGAAAACGAGUAAACUUAACAACAUUGAUCUACAAAUCAAGGAUCUCCUGACCCAGGCUACCACUGCACUUAACUUCUGUAGCAUGUGUCUUGAAGCAUCAGACAUGGCACUCCUCAGUUCUAAGAAGUUGGUGUGGAAACAAACAGGCUCCAUUUCCAUGACCACACCCUUGAAGGACAUGUCAAUUAUAUCAACUCCUGUAAAGCUGGAAUUUGGAAGAGGGAAUGUGACGCAAUUAAUGCGCAUGAUCAACCAGGUUGGAACAGUGAUCCUGGAUGGCUCAGUGUACACUGGCUGUGGUGGCAAGGUAGCAGUUCCUCAAAUGAAAACAUCUCCUCCUGUUGUGGCUAGUGGGACUUUAGCUACCAAAGGAUUCAUCCCCAUCUCCCCAGCAACACCACAAAGCAAUUCUUCAUCAAAAUCAAACCUAAAAAUGUCUAUGGUUCGGCCAUUCCAAGCCUCCCCUGAGACAUGUGGGCCCAGUCAGUUGUACAAGGCCAUCACAAAACCAAUCACAUCCACUCCAGUGGUGAUUUCAGGUGGGAAUCUCAGCUCUCCAGCAGCUGUGAAAGGAAUCCAGCUGACAACUCAAUCACCCUCACCAAUGCAGCUGACCCCAUCAGGGACAUCUGUUGUCUCUGCACAACUUGUCACAACAUCUCCUAUGAUGGGCAAACGAAAUACUUUGGCAUUGACUCCUGUCUCUAUGGCUUCUGCCUUGAGACCAUCUGUACCACACAUGAGCUGGAAACGCUUGCAGGAUGGUUCAAUUUUGACAUUCAAAGAUGCAUCUAAAUCUGGUUCUGUCGUCACUGUGGCCAAGCCCACCCCUCAACAAUCUCUCAUACUUCGGAAUAUGGUUCCCAUUCGUCCUAAACUGGAUGGGCUUACAGCAGUGAUUCCUUCUUGGCAUAUCCCAGAGAGUCUGGAUGGAAACACUCAAGUGAACAAGGUCAGCUCAUUGUCAGCCGAUGAGCCCGGAGAACUGAUGGGUGUUAGUAAGAUUGUCAUCGGAUCAACAAUACCAGUUAGCACAAGGGAGGCUGACUCUUCACAAGAAGCAGUGAAGGAAAAUGUCAUCCUUGGUGUUGAGACCACUGUAACAGAGGAGACCAGCAAUGCAGAGGAAAAGAAAAGUGAAAGCAACCAAGAUGCACCAACAUCAAGUGCAGGUCCAGUUGAAAGUGCUGAAAAUGGACUGAAGGAAGAAGAGAAGAAAAAGGACAAGACAAAAGGCAAUGAGAAGGAGAAGGAGAAGGAGGAGAAGGAGAAGGUGACAGCAACAGCAACAGCGACAGAGGAACAGGCAAAGAUUGAGGAAGUGCAGGAAGAAAAAGAGGAAAUUGAGAACAAAGAAAACACGGUAGAAGAAGGGGAGGGAGAGGAAAUGGAAGAAGAUGCAGAUCCAAAUGAAGAUUGGUGUGCUGUAUGUCAAGAUGGAGGGGAGUUGGUGUGCUGUGACUACUGUCCUAAGGUCUACCAUCUUCGCUGUCAUGUUCCACCUCUCAAGGAGGCCCCACAGGAAGAUGAAUCUUGGAAGUGCUUGAAAUGCAUGACCAAGGAGGAGAUCAUUCAGGCAACAGAUGGAACAAGACCUGCUGGGUCAAAACGCCGGAAGCAGCUGAGCCCAAAGGAUGAAAAAAUUGCAUCUCGAAUCACGUUGGAGAUGUUGUGUCGUGAAGAUAGCCUCCCUUUCCGAGAGCUUCCUCCAACACAGGAAUCUGUGCCCAAGCCUGUGACGUUGAACACAAUCAGACAGAAGCUGGAUCCCAGUUCAGGGACUUACUAUGAGAAGCUGGAUGACUUUGUCUCUGAAGUCCAUUCCAUGUUUGACAAUGCUCGGAAAUAUUAUGAUGAAGAGAGUGACAUUCGAAACAUGAUUGCCUCUUUGGAAGCAUUCUUCAGUGCUUUGGUAAAAGAAUGGAUUGUGAUUCCAGAAGAAGGUGGUGGCACUGGCUAUUCAUAUGAAUUUGUGGAGCCACUUGAUGCCCGCUACGAAUGCCCCAUCUGCCUUCAGUGCAUGAAAGAUCCCGUUCAGACAGGAUGUGGGCACCGCUUCUGUCGGGACUGUAUUACAACAUGGGUGCAGAAAGGUUCAAGAUGGUGUCCACAGGACAACAGUCCCAUCACAGAUGGCAUGAUCUUCCCUGAUUCGGGCUUUAAACGGGAGAUCUUGCAGCUUCAAGUCCGCUGUUCCAAUUCCCCCAAUGGUUGCAAUCAUACAUCAAGCAUCUCAUCCAUGGUGCAGCAUGAAGAAGAUUGCAUGUAUGCUAUGGUGCAAUGCCCAAAUGCUUGUCAGUUUAGCAUAAUGAAGAAAGCAUUGAAGAGCCACCUGCAGGUGGAAUGUCGGCAGAGAAACAUAAUCUGCUCUUCUUGUAAAGAGCAGAUUCAAUUUGAUGGUCAGCAGGCCCAUUUGGCUGAAUGUCCAAAAAUAACUGUCCCCUGUGAUGCAUGUCAUAGUCUCCUUGCCAGAGAAGAGAUGGCUAGUCAUCUGGCCACAGAGUGUCCACGAAUUUCAAUAUCCUGUCCUUUCAAGGAACAAGGGUGCCGAACACGUAUUGAGCGGGGGCUUAUCCAGUAUCACCUACAGGAAUCUACUCAAAAACACUUUCAGUUGUUGACUGCAGAGGUGAAGAAGCUUCAGCUGCAUGUAUCUGAUCUACAGAGAGCACAGGGUUCAACGUCCAAUCUCCAACGCCAGCUGUCCACCCCAAAUGUCCUUGAUGCUUGUGCAUCUUCUCCUGUGUUGAAGAAGAAGAGCCUGGAAUCUCUUGUGGAUUUCCCAACAUCCAAGGGGGGUUCUCUCCCUGCCAGCACUGAAUGUCUCCUCCAGCAGGUCUGUGAGAAGAAUGUCCAGUUGGAGCAGAAGAUCAGAGAGCUGGAGCUUCAGAUGGGAAACCUCUUGAGACGCAUCCAAGAACUAGAUCAUUGUAAUCGUCUGAGAAGUGACCAAACACGUGAUUUGGAAGGACGAUUCUGCAAUGGAAAUUUCAUCUGGCGCAUCACAGAAUUUUCUUCACUUCUGAUCAAUCCUGAGUCAGUGGUUCUUCACAGUUCUGGCUUCUACAGUGCCCCCUUUGGAUAUCGUAUGUAUUUACGGCUGAAUUUUGCAUAUCAGAAUGAUCAAUUACACUUGUCAGUCUUUAUUCACAUGAUGCAAGGUGAAUAUGAUGAUCUCUUGGAAUGGCCUUUCAUUGCCAAGAUCCAUUUGAUCUUAUUGGAUCAAAGUCCUGGGAAGAAGCACCAUGUCUGGGAAACUAUGCACUCCCAGCCGAGCAUGUCUGCUUUUCAGCGUCCCACCAGCAAACGAAAUCUGAACGGCUAUGGUUUCCGAUGUUUUGUCUCCCUGGAGAGGUUGAGGCAGGGUGGGUAUAUCAAGAAUGACAUGAUUGCCAUCCAGGCAAAAGUGGAGACAUUGGAUGUCCCCUGUAUCUCCCUCAAUGGAAUGUUAUCACGAUCACUGAAGCAGCUGUCAACUCAACGUAAUUUGGCAGCCAACAUCCUCCUGUAUCUGAGAAAAGAGAAACCAGGAUGUAUGCACCAUAUUGCCAGAGGAGGCCUAGCCCUGACGUUGUUGACCCUGACCCAUGAAGUCCCUCUCAUUGAUCGCCUCAUCCAACCCAUCCCUACUUCUGUUCCACUUGUGCCAAAAGCAGUCACUGUCCAGACAAGGUCAAGCACCUUGAAAGUCUUGAAGAGGACAUGGGCAAUUGUAAAGACAACACUGAGGACGUUGCGACUCUUGAUCUGGUUCUCACCAUCUAUCCUUUUCUACCCACUUUGCUUCUGUGGCCCUGAAGGGAAAAGGGCAUGGAGAGCCAUCCUCUUCUGGUCUGUAUCACAUUCGGGCCCCAUCUUUGUCAAGCUUGGCCAAUGGGCUAGCACCCGAAGGGACAUCUUCUCUGAUGAAUUUUGUCUCCUCUUUGGGAAACUACAACGUUUCACUAAGCCUCAUUCCUGGUCUGAAACAGAGAAAUCCCUAAACAAAGCCUUUGGAGAGGCAUGGAGAACCAAGAUCCACUUCAGGGGGAAUCCUCCUCAGCCAGUCGGUUCUGGUUGUGUUGCACAGGUCUAUAUGGGAGAGGUGAGACCUAUUGAUAUGGAAAAAUUUGCAGUCUCCAGUGAGUCUGAUCCAGAUAAACGAGUCCCAGUUGCUGUAAAGGUGCUUCACCCAAAUAUCCAUGCAAAAGCAGCACAGGACCUGGAUGUUCUGCGUUCUUGGGCUGAGGCCAUUACCUUCUGCUUCCCCCACCUCUCCUGGCUUAAUCUCACUCGAUGUGUGGAGGAAUUUGAGAAGAUGAUGAAAUGCCAGGUGUUUGUGGAUAAUUUUGUCCAUGGUGACCUCCACCCGGGUAACAUCCUGACUAGGAGGAUGAUGCAUGAGGUUGAAGACUCCAAUAUGGGAUUGUGGAGCUCCCUUAUCAAGUGGUGUGAUAUUUUGGACAAGAAUGAAGAUGUGGAGGCUUUCAAACCUGAGAUGAUCAUACUGGACUGUGGGAUUGUGGUCAGGAUGAGUAAGCACGAUGUCCGCAGCUUCAGGGAGACUUUCACGGCGAUUGUCGCUAAUGAGGGGGAAAAGGUAGCAGAUAUCAUCCUGAAGAACUCACAGCAUGAAUGCCUCAACCCUGAUUCAUUUAGGAAAAGCAUCAUGAAGCUGGUCUCAGCUGCACAUGAAAACACUCUUUCUCUUGGAAAAGUAGAUGUUGGUGCUCUGUUGCAGUCAUUCUUUUCCACGGUGAUCGCUCACAAGGUGCGGCUGGAAAGUCAGUUCUCUUCCAUCAUGCUCGCCAUAAUGGUCCUUGAAGGACUCGGCCGAUCACUCGACCCAGACAUGGACAUCCUGAAGAAGGCCCAACCCUACCUCCUAUCCCGUUCCUUCCUUGCAUAA